AUGGAAAGUUCCACAUUGACGAUAACUAAUACUACAUUUCUAAUUUCAUUCAAAGUAACUUCCAAUGGAAAUAGUACAGAACUAUCAUUUGAAGAAUGGUCAGUUCCUGUACCACUCAAACCGAAUCUGAUAAACAGCACAUAUUUAUGCUUUAUUGAUCCAAGUGAUAUUCGACGACGACCGCGUCAACAUAAACCGAAUGUAAACUUGGCUCUCAAUGCUGUUAUCGGUUAUCUUUUAAUACCUGGAUCAAUAUUCGGAUUAGGUGUCAUUGUAGCACUAGUCAUUUUCAUUAGUCAACGGUUAUAA